AUGGCAGACUCGCUCUCUCUCUUGCCACCCAGCGAUGCCCGUAGACUAGCCCAGCGUAGCAACAGGCAGAAGAGAAGGCGCAUCACAAGCUCGAAGCCCGCCAACAAACCUACAAAAGCUAAAUUUGAUGAUGAUGAUGAUAGCCAAGGGGAGGCUGCAGAGGAUCAUGCGGGAGCCAUACUCGGAGCAGAUGACGAUGAAGAAGGGCAAGGCAAGACACGGGAGGAGUUGGAGCUAGAGGCUGCUCUCUUCGGCGGCAGUCAUGCUAGCACUUCAGAUCUGCGUGUGGACCGCUCGAGCAAGCAGGCCGCCACCCACGUUGCAGAUGAUCAGCUGUUCCAGAUGGACGACAGUCUACCCUCUCCGACUGCGAGAGGCAAGCAACGCGCCUCAGACGAGGACGAUGACGAUGCCAGCGACAGCGACAGCGACGACGACAGCACAAGUCGAGAGGCGUUUGCAUCUGACAGCGAUGAGGAGACACAAGACGUGCAGCCAGUCCGAGCACGGAAGAAAGCUCUCUGGAAUGAUCCGGCAGAUCAGGCGACGACUGACGCGGGCGAGAUGGUCAUACCCCUCAACCGAUCACGUCUCAAGAAGCUCAAGCGAGCGCGGGAUGAGACUAGCAUCGUCGGCGUCCAGGACUAUGAACAACGGCUCCGGCAGCAGUAUGAAAAAAUGCAUCCCACGCCGGCUUGGGCAACGAGCGCUCGACAGACACGGGCAACGCAGCAGCAAGACGAUCUCCUCUCUACCACGUCUGCCGGUAUACUCAAGCGCGGUAAACGGCUCAAGAAGGGCGAAAUCCGAAUGACACGAUUGAAAGAUGCCAACUUUCAGUCCAAAGCAAAAUCGGGCAUUCAAGCCCUGUCAUUCCACCCGUCUGCCUCGAUUCUGUUCACUGCCUCAUCAGACAGACGACUCAAGCUCUUCCAGAUUGACGGUCUGCAGAACACGCUCUUGCAGUCGGUCCAUCUGCCAGAACUACCCAUCAGCAGUGCAGCCUUUGAUCCUACGGGCAACUCUAUCUUGCUCACCGGCAAUCGACCGUUCUGGUACAGCUACGACUUACAAUCCGGUCGUGCCGUUCGAUCUCCUCGUGGCAUGUGGAGCCAUCAGGCCGCAGGCUCGGAGGGAGGCGGCAUGGAGCUCUUCAAAUUUGCCAAUUCCACUCCAUCGUCAGCCUCGAGCAUGCUGGCUGUCGCUGGCAGAUCCGGUAUGGUGCACCUCAUCGACUAUACCUCCAGCUUCGGAGCAGGUGGCCAAGUAGUAGGAACGGUCAAGACGAGCUCACCCGUCAAAGGACUUGCCUGGCAGAAGCAAGGCAAGGAGCUCAUCGUGCUCGGCAGCGAUGCAGAGGUGUACAUCUGGGAUGUCGGCACUCGGCGAUGUAUGGCACGAUGGAAAGAUGCAGGCGGAUUCGGUACGACGGGACUGUCGACCGACCCUUCCGAACGGCUGUUGGCAAUCGGCUCGACUUCGGGCAUUGUCAAUCUCUAUGCGAGAGAAGACAUCCAUCAAGCAACGAGCAAACAUUCUGCUACCGCUGCGCUCGGCUUUACAGAGCAGGCCAAGGCAGCAAAGACAUUUGAUCAACUGACGACGUCAAUCUCUGCAAUGACCUUCAACAGCUCAAGCGAGCUGCUGGCUAUCGCCUCUCGUCAAUCUGACCACGCUCUGCGACUGAUACAUACAGAUUCAAGAACCGUCUGCUCGAACUGGCCUACCAGCCAAACACCACUGGCACAUGUGACAGGCAUGAGCUUCAGAGCCGAUAGCAAGCUGCUGGCUAUCGGCAACACAAGAGGCAAGACACUCUUGUACCAGCUCGAUCACUAUCUCUGA